ACCUUGGCGUACAGCAGCAAAAAAAAGAAAGAAAACAUAAAUUGUUUACGUGCGAUUUUGUGCUCCGCCUUUCUGUUGUUUAUAAUUAUGUUUUACGAAUAAAAACCACACAAAACUAUUCUCUAUCUGCUUCCUUAUCCAAUAGUCAGUUAAAGUGUGGUGUAGUGAAACGUUUUUCCCGUACGGAAGGCUCAUCAGUUCCCGUUUUUGUUCGUCUCGUCGUGGGAGUGAAAGGCAUCGCCCCGUACGGCCAGGGAAAGAAAGGGGUGUAGUGCCCGUUUUUCCCCACCCAGUUUGAGACAACACAUUCCGAAGGAGCGAACGCGCCAUGGUUACAGUUCAAACCGUUAGCGGACGGUUGACAGCCCGAACCGCCGCCUACUCGGACCGGAAGCAUCCCACCACAACGCAACCUGACCUACCCGCAGCCAGCAGCAACAACAUGACCAGCAAUCGUAACCGAACGCCGACCGGCCAGAUACGGGACGAUUUUCUGCUCGAGACCAACUUCGAUGACGACGGGGCGCUAACACGUGCCUACAACACACUGCCGCAGCAGCAACAGGGAGCCCUGCAGCGGCGAAGCAUACCUUAUCGGUCCAACUUAUCGGUGGAUCGAUACUCGGAAACGACACUGCACGGCAAACCACCGCGGAAAGGCGGCUGCUGCAAGUCAUGCGUAACGCGAAUACCGUACGCGACACUGAUCGCGACGGUCAUGUGCCUUAUCGGAGUCGGCGUGUUUUGCGGCACCAUGUUCCGCGGUACCUCGCUCGCGAUCAUCAUGCUCGAUCAGGUGUUUCAUCUGCGCCUGCCGUGGAUCGAAGCGGUACAGAUCAUCUUCGUCGUGAUCGGUGCGUCGAUGGCUGCGCUCGGGCUGAUGAUCCUGUUCGUGGGCUUCCUGGCGACCGGUGCCACCCGGCAUAAGGUGUACCGGGCGUGGGGCUCGCGUGUCGGCGGCCGCAUCUCGUGUGCCGUCUUUAUGGCCAUUUCGUACGUGCUCAACAUUGCGUGGAUACUGAUCCUUUGCUUCCUGUCGAUCGUCACGUUCGUGUUUACCGUGUUCUGGAACAUGUGCGCCAACACGAACGUACAGACGCAUCGGGAUUGCAUCGAUCUGACGCAGUUCUACUUUAUGUUCCCCGAUGGCGUCAAGCAGGAGGAUAUGAAAAUCUGCGAACCGGCCAAAGUGAAAGCGUUCUGCAAGGAUGGGGUGGAAAAGUGUGAAAUCAUGUUCAUCCUCGCCACCGUCUCCUGUCUGCUGAUCAUUCUCAGCUUCGUGCACUAUCUGAUGUGUCUGGCGGCGAACUACGCGCACAUACGCGACCACGAAAAGUUCCAGGAGCUGCAGGAGAUCCAGAACCUGACCGAGAUGGAGUACAGUGCGGCGUCGAAGGACCGGUUCUAGGAUACGGCCCAGGAGAUCUACAUUGAGCACAGCACCUGAGGGUGGGCCCAACACCAUCAGCAUCGCAAGGCCACCGGAUAUGGUGCGGCUGUACGAGCGGCUUACGUUUAAAUUUGGUCCGGUUUGAGCACGCGCUUCCAUCCUUUUGCUCCUCCUGCGUUAGUUGGCACUCGUAACGAACCAUUAGAAAUUUGAUAAUUUCCCUGCUUUCCCUGUUAAUGUUAAGUUUUGCGACUCGGCAACACUGCGUUCGAGCGCGCUAAUCGAAAUUUGAUUCACCACUGUGUGGAUGCUUAGAUUUAGGAGACUCUUCCCCGGACAGCUCAAGACACUGCCCACAGAUCGCUUUUUUUAUUAGAAAGAUUGCUGUGGUGCAUUGUCCAACUUACUUUACUUACUUCCCACAUUCCGUCCAGCGCGAUGCAAGGCGCUUCCAGUUUCCAAAUGCUAUUUCCUUUUCUCGUUUGACCGUAUCGCUAUCGCUUGUUUUUUUUGUUCAGCGCAGUAGAAGAUUUAAACAUAGGCCCUUGCCCGUCGAUUUGCCCAGUAUAGAUACUCCUGGCAUGGAGCGUAGUAAUAGUACAGCGUAGCGUUAAGUGACAACGACACGAUUCCACGAUUAACACGAUGCACAAGCAAGCAAAACGAACUCUAACAACCCCCUCCCCAAAAAGUCUGACGAGGUAACAAUAAGCAACACACAACAAAUCGAUGCACAUAACAAUGCACUGCCAACAGUUUUGUCCCCAAGAGUGUAUGCUCAAUGUUGGCAUUUUGCUCGUUUGAUGUAAUUCACAUAUAAAGUGUACGCACAGAAUUGAAGAAUGGGAAUGGUAAGAAGAGACAUAUCGAUUAGAAGGAAACUGGUGAAGUGCUUGAACAAUGAAACUAUGGCAUUAAUAGAGUUGAUUAAAACUGAAGGAAAAAAGGCACAAUUUCUACAGCGUUGAAGCAAACUUAGAACACACACUAAACACAGCUUUACCUCUGAAGAGCAAGACAAAAAAGACAAAAUAAUCUACAUUCCAGUGUGAUAACCUUAGAGAGAGCAGCGGGCAGAAGAAUAUGGUUACAACAAUAAUUGCGAGAUAAAACUCACCAAAAAAACCCCUGACAGAACGGCGCACAAAGGUGAAGCAAUGUGAGACAAAACCUGGCGAAAGGCGCCUUAGGGAAAGAACGAGAAAGGAUAUAUAUUUUUUAUAUCGAUUGAAAGUAAUGUUAAAGGAAAGGGCAAUAACACUGCACAGCAAAGUCCAGCUCGAGACUCACAAUAUAAGGGCGUAGAAUGGAGUGUUUAGAGUGCACGGUAAUCUUAUUUUUUAUACACAAAAAACAUUACUCCCCCUGCUCCCACCCCAAUGGCAGGCGAGUACCGUAUUCGGGUCGCUUGCGUGAUCUCCUCGAAUCGAACGACAAAACACGGUGGUUUCAUAAGAACGGUGGAAAACAGAAUUAGAAAACACAACAGAAGGAAUUAAGGCCGAUAAUUGAAGAUAUGAAAAGACUCAAACUUACGCCCUAAAAGAAAACAAGCUGUAGGAGUGUAGAGCGAAGAGCGGGGAAAUACAGAAAUGUGGAUUUAAUUCCAUUUUUGUAGCUUUUUUCCCCCUUCAUCGCCAUCGCAUGUAUUCUACCAGCUCCAAUGUAGAUUAAGCAGACGUUUUAUGUUUUUUUUUAAUCACAAUUCGCUUGUUCCGCUAAACAAACGCUGUAUUAUAGUGUGCCGGUGACAUGUUUAUCCCAAACAAAUCACGCUUAUUUAGCCACGUGUGUGCAUUCCAAUAUUUACAACAAAGCCUAUACUUAUACGCAUUCCAAUUCUCUUCCUUGAUCGAUCGAUCGAUCGACGAUCGGGACUUUUGUCCAGCGCCAAACCCCCCCUUUUGAAUAUAUGCUUGUGAACAAUCA